UUAAGCAGAAAAUAUAGUUUUGCCCUAAUAGAUAUUAUUAUCAUAUAAGACUAAUUACCACAAAAUGAAUCACAAUGUAACGGCUAGGAUCAUCCAACUCCAAACCGAUCACAAAUGUUGAUCUGCUAUAUAAGACAACACCUCAACCCCAACUGUCCCCACACACAAACAAACAAAUACCGACAAACCAAAAAAAAAGAGAUGGAAGGCAGUCGAUUCGUCCUCGUUUUGGGUUUGACUCUCCUAACCACCGCGAUCACACCAACACUCUCUACCUACCACUCUGCCACGCUGCCCAACGUCCGCCACAGACAAAAAGUCACGCGCCUCCACUUCUACCUCUUCGACAUCAUCAGCGGCACCAAGCCCUCCGCCGUAGAAGUCGCACGUCCGAAAGGCACGAAAUACGACAAGUCGGCGACGCCAUUCGGCAGCGUCUGGGCCAUCGACGACGCGCUCCGUGAGGGCCCCGAGUUCACUUCAAAAGUGGUCGGGAAUGCGCAGGGGCUCUACGUGUCAUCCGUCCAGGACGAGAACAGCUUAGGGCUAGUGAUGUACGCGGAUUUCGGUUUUACGACGGGUAAGUUUAACGGGAGCUCCUUCAGCGUGUUCUCGAGGAACCCGAUUAUGGAGCCGGGGGAGCGUGAGCUGGCAGUCGUGGGAGGGAGAGGGAGGUUUAGAAUGGCGAAAGGUUUUGUCAAGGUGAAAACACAAUUUUUGAAUGCUACCAACGGUGACGCCAUUCUUGAGUACAAGGUUACUCUAGUUCAUUAUUGAAU